AUGAGCAAUAUCAGCUCCGAAGCGACGACCACAACUCCUUCAUACUCGACAACCCCUUUACCCUCGAUAUCUCCCUCGACAACACAUAAUGUUCGAGUGCCUGGAUCAGAAAUAGUGUUACCGUUGGGCGUCUCCCUAAUAACAUUGAGCUGUAUGUGUACUUCCUAUGUGAUAAUUCGAACACUUAUACGAUGGUGGAUUACUCGAAGAUCGUUGUCGAUGGCAUUGAGGGUUCCCUUUUACAUUGCAAUCUCUGAUUUUGUGCUGGUAUGUACGUAUCUUCCAAACCUGGUAUAUUCACUAAUCCACGGUCACCCGUGGCCAGAAGCUCAAUGUCGCAUAAUAGGUGGUUUCACAUUCUUUUUCAUCUCAUGUAACAUGACCCUUGUGGGCUUAUUGGCUUUCCUCACCUACCUGAGAAUAUGUCGGAGAUGGUAUCUUGAUCUGGGCAAAUACGACUACAAGUUAUUCUCCGUUAUCUUGGUGUCGUCACUCGUGUUCACCAUUGUUGGGAUUCCAAGUUUUGGAACUAGUAAAUACUGGUGUUUCACAAAUCACAAUAACGCAAUAAUGCCAAUCAUAACCCUCGUCCUGAAUUUCACCAUACUCUCCGUCACCUUAUUCUCCUAUACCAUGACAUUGCGACAAAUCAACUCUAUCAACUUCCGUCGAGAUAACGGGAACAAGUUUGACACUGUUGCCACAAGGUCGAAACAAAUUGAACCCAUAGUGAUUAGGAAGGUUAUCGGUUACGUACUCAUAUUCCUGCUUCAGUGGACGCCACCAAUGAUUUACGUGUUCGGUCAAGUGAUUAAUUAUGACGAAAUGUGGAUCUAUAUCGUAACAGAUGCCACCAUAAAUCUGGGCGGUGUGGGAAAUAUGAUUCAAUAUAUCAUUAACGAAGGAUGGUGGGAUGGCUACGGGUCAUCAUCUGGCACCUCUGUCGGCUCUAACUCCACACCUCCGACGCAUAAUAUUUUUGGUGGUACCUUAUCCUCGUCUGUCGAGAAUGCUCGUAAAUCUCGUGUUAAAGUGAAUGCGGAUGGUAACUCCCUUAACGGUGAACUGUCGCCAUCGAAGAUGUUCCCGUCUGGACACAUUUCUCAGAUAACUGUGGAAGAGGUGGUGACCGUGGUAAUCGAAGAUUCACCUUCAACGCCAUCCACCCUUGAUGAUGUAGACCUCAAUGAUGGUGAUGUACCGAUGUUGUUUCGAUCAAGACCAAAUUCCUGUGUCACGUUCAGCGUAGAUAGAGAGGAUGCAUCAUCCCGUAUGAACUAUAAUUCUCCAGUUUAUCCAAUGAUGAACGCACCUUCACCCGCCAUAACUACUGCUACACCCUCGACAAUUAUAAGCGCCACACCUUCACAGACAAUAAGCAACACACCCUCACAGACAAUAAGCAACACAUCCUCACAGAAAAUAAGUACAACCUCGUCGCAAAUUACCAAUAAUAAAGGCUCAAGUACUCCCAUUGCUGACAACUCUGAUCGAAUCCACGUAAGUGAACUAGAACAGGUCAUAAUACGUCAUGACAAAGCCUUGUUGAAGCACGGUGGAAAUUUGGAAAGACAAGGCAGUACCAUGCUAAAUAGAGAUCAUAGUUUAAAAGGUGCUCGUAGUGUGGAAGAAAUUAAUAGAAGCAUUGCUAGCAUUCAGAGUUCGAACUACAAUGGAAAUGCCAAUGUUGGAAUUGCCGAAGGUGCAGGAAAUGGCGGCGUGAAUCGAAGCAAAAGCCUCAACAGUGGAAGUUUGAGUCGUGGUGGAAAUGGAAGAAGUGAAAGCGAGAGUAGCAAUAAAGACUCAAAUAGAGGCGAGGGUGUGGUCAACGAGGAAGAUGAUCAUCUUUUUAUGUAA